CGCUGCCCCCGCCCUUCUUGCAGGUUCCUGGGGCAGCGCUGGAGUCUCUCAUCCUUGAAUAGACACGGGCUGCUCUGCUCCCCGCGCUCGGCACGCUUCUUGAGAUGUGGCGAGACGACUGUCACCUGCCCUCCGGAGAGCGCACAAACGGGGCUGGGCAACACGGACAGGCCGCCCGGCAUUACCACGCCGGGCGGCGGGGGAAUGUGCUCCAGCUGCCUUCGGACGCAGUGGGAUCAAAAAGCCGGGAGACCAACCCUACCUGGGACGGCCCAAGGGGACUCUCGGGAAGAUGGGGUGGAUGGAGUUCAGAGUAGUAAAGGGUCAAGGCGACUAGGAGGAGCAGCGGGAGAAAUAGGGGCAGGGAGCACGGAAGGGUGCAGAAAGCCACAGAAAAGUAGAGAAAUGGAAAGGUGCCAGGUGGCGCAUCAGGUGCAGGCCACAGGGCUGGUUGACUAGAACCUGGGACAAACCCUGGGCAUUUGGCAGCCUUCACAUUGAGAAACUUGGGGAGAUGAUUCUGUGGAGAUUGGAGUGAGGACGCAGAGCGCCUUUUAGACAGUAUUUUCUAGAAGUUUUGUUAAAGGGAGGAGAGUGUGAGGAUGCUGGAGAGGAAUGUGGAGUGAGAGUGAAGAGGGUUUUAAAGCUGAUAUGUGGUUAGAACGUAGGCUCAGGAUUCCAGAGUCCUAUCUUUGAGCCCUUGGGCAAGCCACUGACCCUCUUUGCGCCUCAGUUCCCUUGUCUGUAAAUUGGGGGUGAAGAUGACAAUGCCUGCCUCACAGGGUUCAGGUGAAGACUAGAUGAGAUGGUGUCUGUAAUAGCACUUAACACAGUGCUGAGAAGUACCUAUUACUUUUCACUUUUAAUUAUUAGAGCAGCUUAGGCAUAUUCUGAUGCUGAUAGGAAGGAGCUGGGAGGCAUUGAAGACAGAGAGCAGAGAAAAGGGAGCAGAAAGGAAGGGACCCAGAACUUGGAUGGAGAGAUAAGUGCCUUUCAGUGCCAAACCAAGGAAAAGAGGGAACAGGUGGGGAUGCAGGGAAGUUUGCAGAUUUGGGGGAUGCAGUUAAGGGAGUGGCUUUCUGCUCUUCUUUUCUCUGAAGUAAGCCUCAAAGUCAUCUCCUGAGACAGAGCCAGACCAGGGCUGGCCCAGGAGAGGGCGGAGGUCCAGAUUUCCACUGCAGUGGUAGGGUAGGUGCUGUGCCGUCUUUGCCAGCAUCCCCUGCCUUCUCCAGGGAAGAUGGGGUCACUGAGACCUGCUGUGAGGAAGUGCCUUUUACCUGAGACAUUCUGGACAGGACAGAGCUAAUGCGCCCGGAACUUGCCUUUUUGGACCUGCCUCCAGAAUCCUGGGGAUUUCCACGAGGGCAGUGACCACCCCCACCGAGAAUCCUAGGCUGCUGGGAGGUCCCAGGGAACACAGAAUGAACUGGACACUCCUAGAGCCUGCAGUCACCAUCCAGGGGAUUUUUUUCACCAUGAAGGGUAAUUCCUGUCCCUUCUCUGCUGUGACUCAGCUGUGACGUUGAACCACACAAGACAGCAAGAAGAUAAAGUCAUCAGACUCCUCAUCAGAGAGGGUGGCCCGGCCAGAACUCACCUCUUCUCUCAGCACAGACUCCACGGGGCUGGUCCCUUCCCCAGAGGAGCUCGGACAGGCCCCUCCCCUGGCCAGCGUGGGACCCUGAGAUGGCCUCUGGCUCAGCCAGCAGCCCCCGCCCGGCCCCUGAUGAGAACGAAUUCCCCUUUGGGUGCCCCCCCACCAUCUGCCAGAACCCAGCAGAGCCCAAGCCCCUCUGCUGCACCGUCUGUCUCCCCGAGAACGUGAGGAACGGGGAGGAUCAGAUCUGUCCCAAAUGCAAAGGCGACGACACUCCGUCUGAAAGCCCAGGAAGUCUUCUGUCUCAGGAGAAGGAUCACCCCGAGGUGGCUGAGGCUGGAGUUGGAUGCCCUUUUGCUGGUGUUGGCUGCUCCUUCAAGGGGAGCCCAAAGUUCAUACAGGAGCAUGAGGUCACCUCCCAGGCCACCCACCUCAACCUGCUGCUGGGGUUCAUGAAACAGUGGAAGGCCCAGCUGGGCUCUGUCUCGGGGUCCGGGCCCAUGGCCCUGGAGCAGAAUCUGUCAGACCUGCAGCUGCAGGGGGCCGUGGAGGUGGCUGGGGACCUAGAGGUGGACUGCUACCGGGCCCCCUGCUCCGAGAGCCAGGAGGAACAGGCCCUGCAGCACUUCAUGAAAGAGAAGCUCCUGACAGAGCUGGAGGGGAAGCUGUGCGUGUUUGAGAAUAUUGUCGCCGUCCUCAACAAGGAGGUGGAGGCCUCCAACCUGGCCCUGGCUGCCUCCAUCCACCAGAGCCAGCUGGACAGAGAGCACAUCCAGAGCUUGGAACAGAGGGUGAUAGAGUUGCAGCAGACCCUGGCCCAGAAAGACCAGGCCCUGGGCAAGCUGGAGCAGAGCCUCCACCUCCUGGAGGAGGCCUCCUUCGACGGCACCUUCCUGUGGAAGAUCACCAACGUCACCAGGCGGUGCCAUGAGUCGGCCUGUGGCAGAACCGUCAGCCUCUUCUCCCCAGCUUUCUACACUGCUAAGUAUGGGUACAAGCUGUGCCUGCGGCUCUACCUGAAUGGGGACGGGACAGGCAAGAAGACCCACCUGUCACUCUUCAUCGUGAUCAUGAGAGGAGAGUACGAUGCUCUGUUGCCGUGGCCUUUCCGGAACAAGGUCACCUUCAUGCUGCUUGACCAGAACAACCGUGAGCACGCCAUUGAUGCUUUCCGGCCCGACCUGACCUCAGCAUCCUUCCAGCGGCCCCAGAGUGAAACCAACGUGGCCAGUGGCUGCCCGCUCUUCUUCCCUCUCAACAAGCUGCAGUCCCCCAAGCAUGCCUACGUGAAGGAUGACACUAUGUUCCUCAAGUGCAUCGUGGAGACAAACGCUUAGGGUGGGCGGGCAGGGCAGAGCAAGCCACACUGCGGUCUCAAGGGAACCCCAGCUCAGACGGGGAUGCAGGGAGACAACUGAGGUCCUGCCCUUGGCGCCCGAGAUCCCAGGGCACAGUGAUUGGCUGGAGCUGGCAUGACCUGAGCGGGGCUGGCAGAUUGACUGUGGCUGGCAGGACCUUGGGCCAGGCCCACAGAGGCACAGGGUCCAGAAGGAGGCAGUGCGAGAUUGCUCCCCCUGCACUGACCACGCAAUGCUGGAGGCCCAGGGGCCACCCCGGCCCUGGAUGUUGAGGCAGACUCCAGCCAAGAUGAGAAGGACGUGGCUGGUGACCUGGAGAUGUGGAUCCUCGCAAAGAAGCUCUGGGGACAGGAAGGCCUCCGCAGGCCACUGUGGAGAGUGUGCUUGCUCUCUUCCUGCACAGGGUCAGAGCUGGGACCGGGAGGUGGAGGGCACAGGGUGCCAGUGUGAAUUCAGUCUGUCCUGGCCUGGACUUAUUUCCCCACCACUGGAGGUGAGCAAGCAGAGCUAGAGGGUAUGUGUGGUGGAGGGCAUCAAACCAGGGAGGCCAAUUCGAAGACCUUCAAGAUUCCUUCCAACCCAGAAAGUAUCUAGCUCUAGGUCUCCUGAGCCAGAUGAAGCCUAGGGCUGCAGAGUUCCAGGAACACUCAGGAGCCUCGUGUUCUCCAGUUCCUGAUUCGCCUUCAGUGCCACCCAGUGGGCUAGGCUGGCCUGCAUGGCACCUGCCACCCGGGGCCUGGCAGCUCUGCUUCCCCUCCAUGCAGAGCCACACACAGCCCUGCAUUCUGCACUUCCCCCAGCCGAGCUCCCCUCCACCUCCUCCAGGUGAAACCAGGUCCCUGAGCUCCCAGGAGCAGCCAGGAGGAGUGUAGAAAAGGAGAGAGGCACGAGGUGUCCACACUCCCUGCCUGGGGGCCUCACGCUUGCCAUUUCCAGAAUCCCAGGUCACCCGGUGAACCCAAGGUAACUGCAUCUCUAGUUGAUGGACCUCUGAGCCACCAGCAGAGGUUGUCCUUUUAUAUGUAUAAAACCAAAGGAAGAGUUUUUUUUAAAUCUCUUUUGCAGUUUUCAUAAAGGGUAUGGUUGUGGGCAUUGGUGGUAACUUGAGCUCUGGGUGGUGCGGCCAGUUUUGCAGGUGACAUCCAGGGCUGGUGUGCUGACAGGAGUGGCCCUCUCUGCCUCGAUCCUCUGUCUGUAAUGGGGAACCCUCCACCCUUGCUGGGUUCUGGGACCUCAAAGGAGAUGCUACACAGGAGGGGCUGGAGAGCGAAAGGCCCCGGCACCACUGCCCACCUGGCCUGGCCGCGGCCCACGCUUGUGUUCUCGCCUUGGAGCCCCCUGCAGGGACCUCGCCUGACUUCCCAGAGCCCCUGAGACGUCACGUUGCUGCUCAGAGCUCCAGGGCAGGUCCCCACUCCUCUCCCCAUCAGCCUCCCCUGCCGCCUGUUCUUCCUCUACUCCCUGAGGCCGUGAUUGGCUUCACUCCUCACACCUUCAGGUUCUCAUCUGUGAAAUGGGUCAGCAGCCCUGCCGGUUCUCUCCAGCCCAGUGUUUGUGAGCAUGAUCCUCACAUAAGAGGGGAGCAGCAUGACCCAGGGGGCUCAAGGUAUCAGGAAGCCCAGACCCAGGCUUUGUCCAGACCUGGUCUCCCGUCCCGCUUCAGCCUCUUCAUUUACAGACCCGGGAAACAUCCUUCCUGGCCCUGCUCAGCUCACAGGGUUCGGGGUUUUCACAAGGGCUGGAUAUGAUCCUGGAGCUGCUCUAGUGCUCUGUAGUGUGAUGGCACCUUGCCAUGCGCGAUAGGCUGCAAUCGGUCAGGGCUUCUUUUUCUUGUCCCCGCUGUUGACAACCUGUCAUGGAGCUGACUUGCUUCCUUGAUGUGUGUAGAUAGGAAGGGAAGGCCUGGCCUAGCAAGUGAUAGGGACAUGUGUCUCAAAGCUGGUGUCCUGGCAAAAAAAAAAAAAAAAAA